AUGACGCCCUUUGCUGCCUCUCUUCGUUUCCUUCUAUUCCUCUGCCUUUAUUCUCUGUUGUUGCUGCCAACUGCAUGCAGCAGCAGCACAAGCAGCAGCAGCAGCAGGAAGAGCAGCAGCAACACCAGCAGCAGCAGCAGCAGCAGCAGUAGCAGCAGGAGUCGCCGUUUAGGUGUACGCCCAACUCUGCUGCAGCGGCUACCAUUAGCGAAUACCUCUACUUACUUUGCUGAUCGUCCGCAUGCAGCAGCAGGAGCAGCAGCAGCAGCAGCAGCAGCAAAUUAUCCUCCCUCUGUCUUCUUAAAUGAGGAUUUAUCUCCUAUAGAGGCAUACACUGCAUUACCUGCUGCUGCUGCUGCUGCAGCAGCAAAAACUGCAGCAACAGAAGCAGCACAGGCUGCAGCAUCAGCAGCAGCAGGUGCAGCACAAGCUGCAACAAAUGUUGCAAGUGGUGCUGCUGAAGCUGCAGCAACAGCAGCACAAAAGUUAUUAACAUCAGCAGCAGCAGCAGCAGCAGCAGCAACAACACCAGCAGCAGCAGCAGCAGCACCUGGUACUUUUUUAUCUAAUAGAUUAUCCUCUCUUUCUCCCCAUCAGCUGCAGCAGCUGCUGCUGCUUCCUCUCUUAUCCCCUCAAUAUGUACAGCAGCAAAUAGCUGUUGCUGCUGCUGCAGCAGCUGCUGCUGCUGCAGCUGAACAGCAGCAGCAGCAGCAGCAGCAGCAGCAGCAGCAGCAGCAGCAAUCAUCAACCACCCCAUUAGCAGCAGGACUAUCAUCACCUCUAUUCCCUGCUGCUGCUGCUGCUGCUGCUGCAGUUACACCAAUAUCACCCCUACAAACAACCCUAUCAGCAGCACAAGGAGGAGCAGGAGCAGCAGGAGCAGCAGGAGCAGCAGGAGCAGCAGGAGCAGCAGGAGCAGCAGGAGCAGCAGGAGGAGGAGUAAAUAUAUUAGAUGGAUUAAUAGAUACAUUAUAUAAGACGUAUACAGCAGCAGAGGAAGCAAACAAAAAAACAGAUUUAUUUAUUUCUUAUAGAUUAACACAUCCACAAGAUUCAUGGAUACAAACACUUAAUGCAUUUGAGCAUACUGUUAAGGAACUUAGGCAGCAGCAGCAGCAGCAGCAGCAGCAGCAGCAGGGGGGGGGAGGGGGAGGGGGAGGAGAGCAGCAGCAGCAGCAGCAGCAGCAGCAGCAGCAGCAGGCGUAUCAGCAAAAGCUGCAGCAGCAAAUGCAGCAAGAACUAUUUAAAAUAGAAAUUGAACGGCCAGACACUGCAGCAGAAGGGACCCAACAGGACUUGCUGCAGCAGCUGCAGCAGCAGCAGCAGCAGCAGCAGCAGCAGCAGGAGCCACUAUUGCAGCAACUCCUGCAGCAACAGCAACAGGAACCGGAGUUGCAGCAGCAUAUACUGCAGCAGCUGCUCUUGGCACAACAGCUCGCGCAGCAACAGCAGCUGCAGCAGCAGCAGCAACAGGAUGGGCAGCAGCAGCAGCUGCUGCAGCAACAACUUCUAAACCAACCGCUUAAUCAACAAUCGCAGGAACAGCUGCAGCAGCAGCAACUCCUGCAUCAGCAACUGCUGCAGCAGCAACUCCUGCAGCAGCAGUUCCUUCAACAGCAACAGUUGCAGCAGCAACCGCAGCAGCAACAAGAACAACUAACGCAGCAGCUGCCACAGCAGCAGCCGCUGCCACAGCUGCAGCAGCUGCCACAGCAGCAGCAGCUGCCACAGCAGCAGCAGCAGCAGCAGCAGCAAGGGCUGCUGCAGCAAUAUCAAGAAUUAGAACGGCAGCGUCAACAGUUCUUGCAACUACAGAUGCAGCAACUGCUGCUGCAGCAGCAACAGGAGCAGCAGCAGCAGCAGGAACAGCAGCAACAGCAGCAACAAGGGACACAAGCAUCUGUGUAUACAGGAGAUUUAAGCUAUCCGUCAGCAUCUCGUGUUAUGCAGCAGCAGCACAAGCAGCAGCAGCAGCAGCAGCAGCAGAACGUGCAUCAGCAGGAGAAGGAGCAGCAGCAUAAACGGACGGAGCAGGAGGAUGCAAAGCAGCAGCAGCAGCAGCAGAACGACCAGCAGCAGGAGAAGGAGCAGCAGCGUAAACCGGCGGAGCAGGAGGAUGACCAGGAGCAACAGCAGCAGCAACAGCAGCAGCAGCAGCAGCAGCAGCUACAACAGCUGCAUGCGUCUGGUGCUCCUGUGCGUCGUUUAUCUGAGAGGUCAAUAACUCCUGCUGCUCGUCUGCAGCGUCCUAUCAGCAGCAGCCGCAGCAGCAACCGCAGCAGCAGCAGCAGCAGCAGCGGCAACAUCAGCAGCAGCAGCAGCAGCAGCAGCAGCAGUGGCCGCAGCAGCAGCCGCAGCAGCAACCGUCGUGAGCGCGCAGGUGUACGUGCAGUAGUAAUGAGCGAAGCAGAGGAAGCAUUUAAGGGUUUAGGGUUUAGCAGCAGCAGACAAAUAAAGAAAGAGAAUGAUUUGCUGCUGCUGCAGCAUUUACCUCAGCAGCAGCAGCAGCAACUGCAGCAAUUGCAGCAAAUAAUAUCUAAUUUUGCUGCUGCUCCUUCUUGUGUAUUAAAGGAUAUAUUAAUAACAGGAUUACCUGCAGAGGUAGAUAAGAGGAGCAGCAUAAGUGCAUGCCAGGCAUCUUGUCGUGCUGCACAGCAGCUUGCUGCUGCUGCUGCAGCAGCAGCAGCAGCAGAUCCUCAUGCUAUACACCGCAUGCGUAUUGUCCCUCAGCCUUGCCAUUUUGUCUCCUUUAAUGUCUCCUCUCUUCUUUGUUAUAAAUAUGCAGCAUUAGGUACUACACAGGCAGCAAAUAAUUUCUUAUCUACUAGUGCUAAUUGUCCUAUUUCUGCUGCUACUGCUGCUGCUGCUGCUGCUGCUCCUGUUGCUGUAUCUCAUUCACCUGCUGCUCCUCCUAUUGCUGCAGCAAGUGCUGCUGCAGCGAAUGCGGCUUAUGUAGGGACUGCAGCAAAUGCAGCAGCACAGAUACACACAGCAGAUAACCUAAUCUAUGGUGCCAGUGCGGAGGAGCAGCAGCAACAGCAGCAACAGCAGCAACAGCAGCAACAGCAGCAACAGCAGCAACAGCAGCAACAGGAUACAGUACCUGAAGGUAAUAUAGUGGAGGAAUUCCUUAACUUUCUUAUGCCACCAGCAGCAGCAGCAGAAGCACAGUUGCUGCUGCAAGAAGCUGCCAAUACACCCCAACCCUUAGCCACACCAGCAACAGCAGCAGCAGCAAUGCCUGCAGCAGCAGCAGCAGCAGCAGCAGCAAUUGGGCCAACACCUCCUAGCGGAACUAUCUUUGACCAGGGCAGACACCCCGCUGACCAGCAGCAGCAGCAGCAGCCGCAGCAGCAGCAGCACGACAUUUUUAAUUUUGCUGCUCUUGCUGCAGCAGCAGAGCCACCACAUCUACCCGUUGAUCCAGCAGCACAAACAACAACAACAGCAGCAGCAGCAACAGCAGCAACAGCAGCAGCAACAGAGCAGCAGCAGCAGAUGCAAAACCCUUUCUAUGGAGGCCUUGAGUCAUCCUUAAGCCAACAAGCAUACGAUCCUCUGUCCUCUUUUCCUUGGUUACCGCUGCAGCAGCAACAGCAGCAACAGCAGCAGCAGCAGCAGCAGGGCGAACAGCAGAAGCAACAGCAGCACCAGGAGGAACAGGUGCGGCAGCAGCAGCACCAGGAGGAACAGCUGCAGCAGCAGAAGAAGCAGCAGGAACAGUUGCAGCAGCAGCAGGAACAGUUGCAGCAGCAGCACCAGCAGCACCAGCAGGAACAGCAACACCAGCAGGAACAGCUGCAGCAGCAGCAGGAACAGCUGCAGCAGCAGCAGCAGCAGCACGAGGAACAGCUGCGACAGCAACAGCAUCAGCAGGAGGAACAGCUGCUGCGGCAGCAGAGAAGGGAGGAGGAACAUCUGCAGCAGAUUAAGCAGCAGGAGGAGCAACUGCAGCAGCUGCAGCAGCAGUUGCUGCAGCAGCAGCAGCAGCUACUAGUCGCAGCUGUAUCCGCACCUCCGCCUGAUUCUCUUGGGGGAGAAAAGAAGAAAGAAGAAGGAAAACAGCCAGUAAUAAUAGAAACAGCAGCAGCAGCAGGAACAGACAAUACAGCGGCAGCAGCAGAUAAUGCAGCAGCAGCAACAGAUAGUGCAGCAGCAGCAGCAGCAACAGAUAGUGCAGCAGCAGCAGCAGCAACAGAUAGUGCAGCAGCAGCAGCAGCAACAGAUAGUGCAGCAGCGGCAGCAGCAGCAACAGAUAGUGCAGCAGUAGCAGCAGCAGCAACAGAUAGUGCAGCAGCAGCAGCAGGAACAGAUAGUGCAGCAGCAGCAGCAACGGAUAGUGCAGCAGCAGCAGCAGCAGAUAGUGCAGCAGCAGCAGCAACAGCUAAUGCGGCUUCUGCUGCAGGACAAGCAGCAGCUGGUGCAGCAAGAGCAGCAGAGACAGCAGCAGUGGCAAGGGGAGAAGCAACAGUAGAGGGACAAGAACAACCACAUUUGCAAGCACAACAGCAGCAGCAGCAGCAGCAGCAGCAACAGCAGGAUGACCAACUGCAAGCCCUCCUCCAUGAGCAGACGCAGCAAGUAACCCAACAAUCAGAUCCUAUGCAGGACAUUUUGCUGCUGCAGCAGCAGAAGCAGCAGCAGCAGCAACAACACGAGUUGCAACUGCAACAGGAGCUGCACCAACAACAAGAUCUGUGGCAGCAGCAGCAAGAGCUGCAGCAGCAACAGCAGCUGCAGCAGCAACAAGACCUGCAGCAGCAACAAGACCUGCAACAGCAACAAGAGCUGCAUCGGCAACAGCAGCUGCAGCGGCAACAUCAGCUGCAGCAGCAGCAGGAGCUGCAGCGGCAGCAUCUUGUGCAGCAGGAACACGAGCUACAGCAGCAGAAGGAGUUGCACCAGCAGCAGGAGCUGCAGCAGCAGCAACGGCUGCAACACGAAGAGCAAAGACAGCAGCAGCUGCAGCAGCUGCUGCAGUUGCUUGCUGAGCACCCUAC